UUUUUUUUUCACUUAUGACAAGAAAAAACUAUAAACGCUCUUUACAGAGAAAAGAACAGUCUGAAAGAGACAGACUAAAGUAUUUAACAGAUAACUCUAUCUACGGACAAGUCACUGCGUUUCGUCGUUGGUUAGGACUCGUUCAAAGUGAAGGCAUGCAUGGCAACUAUAUUCCUAUUCCUUAUGAACUUAUUGAUUUAACUGCUUCGUUUAUUGCGAGUUGGAUGAAUGGUGUCACCAAUGAUUUAGUCCUUAUCACUCUGAAUUUAGCAGACAUGUCAAACUACAGAAGGAAUGUCAAUUUCAUUCGGAAGACACUGUCUAAAGCGCAAAUAUCUUGUUCUUCUUUGAUUUGCUGUCUAUGGUAUAUUGAUCAAUUCUUUCAACAAAAGAAGCCUGCUCAUGCCUGGAAUUCUCGAGAUUUGUUUAUAGCCAGUAUUGUGAUAGCUGAUAAAUUUGUAGCGGAUGUCACUUGGUUGAAUUCAGACUGGUCAGAAUGGACUCAUUUCGCUUAUUCGACUGCAGAGAUCAAUGCACUUGAGAAGCGAUUUCUAAACGAAAUGAAUUUUGAACUCUAUAUUUCUGAACUGAAUUAUAGUCAUUUUGUUAGUUACCUUGAAUUUCAACUUCAUUCAAGGCAGGUGUUAGGCAAUACCUUGUUACUUUCUUAUCGAGAUAUCGAUGUCUUGAGUCAGGCAUUGAAUCCGGUGUAUGUGAAACGACUCCAGUUAAAUCUGCGUCCCUUUGAUGCCAUGUUGUUGAUUCUAAAGCAAGCUAUUUCUAUUCUUGUAAUGUAUGCAGCCAUAAUUGCUGCCUUGAUUUCAACAGGCUAUCUUUUGGCACAUUCUAUAGACAAAGGCAUGAUAACUAUGAUAGACAUACUUCAGUAUGGGAAACUAGCAGAAUCACAUGUCAUCAUAAAAUAAAUUCAUAUUUUUUUUUU